GUCCUGCAGGUUAAAGCUAACACAUUGUCGUGCGUACACCGUUGCCUAUAAUUCCGUAAACAAUGCGACUUUGCAGUAUAUGCAAACUUUUAAGUGCGUUUCUCCUCAGCCAUUGCAUCAGCGGCAUUUCUGCCAACUGGCAGUACGAGUGCGCCAGUAAUACAGAUUGUACGACAGAGAUUCCAGGUCGAAGUCUUCCAUGUAGUAUUUACACUCAGCGUGCUGGUGAUACUGGACUAUGUUCGAAUUUACCGGUAUUCUCGAGAGAGUACGAAACUCCGCCCCCUGAUCUGAAACUUGAAGAUGUUACAAUUUCAAUGACAAUUGAUACGUACACCGGCUACGGAGAUUUUCCCGGUCUCAACGUUUCAGUUGCUCUACCACUGGCAUUACCGGGGGACGAAUAUAUGGAAGGUGUGCAAAUCAUUCUUCGUGGCAUGACAGACAACGAAAUAUUAUAUUACACCUACUACAACCGAGAAAUAUGCCGAGUAUUGAAUUUUCAAGAAGCAGAUAUGGAGCGUCAUGACGGGGAUCCGGAGAGAGUACACAUCUACUAUGAUUGCUUGAAACCAUUAUCUCCCGGUAGCCGUUAUGAAAUCCAAGUUAAUCUUGUGCCGUAUUCCAUACACGGACGUCCGGUUUCUUUUGUGAAAACUGAAUUCACCUUACCAUCUUGUGAGGAGUACCCACGAUUCCACGAGUGUUAUGCUAACUCUAUUAAACACAGCGCUGCUAUGUGGGGACCGUAUGUGUUCGAUGUCUAUGCAACAGGGAGAUAUAAAAAUGACAUAGGAGUAGUUAUUGACCUGCCACCCACUGAAUAUGAAUUGGACGCAUUUCGUCUUCUUUUAUAUCGAAAGUAUCAUGACAAGUGGAUAUUUAUCGAAUAUAACAAUAUUAUCCAGAAACAUGAGAUUUUAUAUAUUCAAGAGGAAGUACCGUCUGCAACUGGAGAAUUAUUGACGCUCUUCAACAAGACUGUAUUCAGAGACUUACUAGCUGGAGAAUAUAUUUUAAAGCUGAGACCAGUGCCGAGCAAUGUAGAGGCCUGUGGAUUCGCGAACACCAAUGAUUGCAAAGUGACUGUAUCCUCGCCAAUCAACGUCACGGAUGUGACUAAGAACAGCGUGGAGUCUGGUGUGACUGUGGUACAAGAGGCCGAGAACAGCCCUAAACAGCAUGUUACAGAUCUGCCGAUCAAAACGAGGAAAAGAAACAAAAACAGAUCGGAAAGAAAGGGAAAAAAUCGUAACGGUCGUAAAAAUCGUAAAGGUCGCGGUAAAGACCGCGAUGGUCGUAAAGGUCGUAGAGGUCAACGUAAAAAAAAUGCCUAG